AUGGCUAACGGAGAUUUAAGUGAAUCUAACCAUCAAGAAAGUAUUAUUUCAUUACUAUCUCCUGUUUCAUGGCUACAAAUGGAUGAAAUUAAAAUUAGUUCAGAUAUUCAUUUAAAUAACCAAAAUGGGAAUGGGAAGAAGAAAUCAGACAGAAUUAUUAAAGAACUAACAUAUGACAAAAAAAAUAAAUUCAAAAAGAGUAAAAAUAAAGGGAAAAGUAAUCAAAAUUAUAAGAAUAAUAGUUGGAGUGGUUCUUUGUGGUUAGAAAUGAGUUUACUGCAAAAGAUUGCCGAGAUUGAGGCUGAGAUGGCCAGAACCCAGAAAAACAAGGCAACUAAUUUUCAUCUGGGUUUAUUAAAGGCAAAACUUGCAAAGUUAAGAGCACAGGUAAUCAGUGGAGGUGACGGAAGAGGAGGUGGUGGUGGAGGAAAUGAGGGUUGGGAUGUCAGCAAAACAGGAGAGGCAAGAGUGGGUCUUAUUGGUUUUCCUUCUGUAGGUAAAUCGACACUAUUAAAUAAAUUAACUGGUACUUUUAGUGAAGUAGCAGCUUAUGAAUUUACUACUCUUACAUGUGUUCCUGGUGUAUUUAACUAUAAAGGAGCUAAAAUUCAACUUUUGGAUUUGCCAGGAAUUAUUGAGGGAGCUAAGGAUGGUAAAGGUAGAGGUCGUCAAGUUAUUGGUGUAGGCAGAACUUGCAGCUUAAUUCUCAUUGUAUUGGAUGCUUUAAAACCUUUGACACAUAAGAGGAUAAUAGAGAGAGAACUGGAAGGUUUUGGAAUUAGGUUAAACAAACAACCUCCGAAUAUAUCCUUCACUAGAAAAGAUAGAGGAGGUAUUACAAUUACUUCUACUGUACAGUUAAAGAAUAUUGAUGAGGAAACUAUUAAGUCGAUUUGUUCUGAGUAUAGAAUCAAUAAUGCUAACUUUGUUAUCCGUUGUGAUGCUACAGCUGACGAUAUUAUUGAUAUCAUUGAAGGUAACCGUAUAUAUUUGCCAUGUAUUUACAUUCUUAAUAAAAUUGAUCAAAUCACUAUUGAGGAAUUGGAUGUACUUUCACAAUGCCCACAUUAUGUUCCAGUAUCUGCUCAUCAUGAGUGGAACCUCGAUGGUCUUAUUGAGAAGAUAUGGCAAUAUUUGGAUCUUAUCAGGAUUUAUACUAAGCCUAAAGGUCAGAUUCCAGAUUAUGCUGCUCCAGUUAUUUUAAAACGUGAUAAGUCUACUAUAGCAGAUUUUUGUAAGAGAAUACAUAAGCAAUUGCUUCCACAGAUGAAAUAUGCUCUUGUUUGGGGACAGUCUGUUAGACAUAAUCCUCAGAGAGUAGGAAAGGAUCAUGUUUUAAUUGAUGAAGAUGUUGUUCAAAUCAUUAAAAAGUAA